AUGCAAGCAAUGUUAUCGAAAAAGACUGUCGAUGUCAGCUCCCGCAAGUAUGGCGACUGGAAAGAUACAUUAGAAAAUCUGGUCCGAAACCUCAGUGUGCAGAAUGUAGGAAAGUUACCUUCGAUACAGGUGACACUUUGUUAUCAGUUGAUGCCCUUUAUGUUCCACGAGAUAAAGAUUUUUGUAUCCAGCGCACUUAUCGUUUCUGCGUGGAAUCGCAGUGCUUCAGCAAUAUAUCAAAAUUUUCAAAUUUGA